AUGAGUUCCUCAGCGGCUGCUGUGCUCUACACAGUCACCAUCUCGGUAUCUCCAGCUUCCGCUGUUCCCGAUGAUGCGUCCAAGAAGAGCCAUCAUCUCAAGGAUGGGUUCACGAAUCCUUGGGAGUCUUGGGAUGAGUUCAAAGGGAUGAAACCUUGGGAAAUUGCUAAGGUCUUACUCCAGCGGCGGAUAUCUGGACAAAGCAAUAUCCCCGAUACGACGCCCCCCACGGUUCCUGUGCAGAAACCUGAAUUCCUCCCCACUCGCGAAACGCCGAAUCUGAGAGCCACAUGGCUGGGGCAUGCUUGUUACUAUGUCGAGUUCCCAGGCGGUCUUCGGGUGCUUUUUGACCCCGUGUUUGAAGAUCGCUGCUCCCCGUUUUCAUGGCUGGGUCCGAAACGGUAUACAGAGGUACCUUGCCAGAUCAGUGACAUUCCCAUUAUUGAUGCUGUUGUCAUUUCGCACAACCACUACGAUCAUCUUUCCUACCCAACCGUGAAGGGGAUUGCGAAGAGACAUCCGAAUUGUCACUUCUUCGUCCCAUUGGGCAAUAAGCAGUGGUUCCAUGACUCUGGCAUUAAGAAUGUAACGGAAUUGGACUGGUGGGAUCAGCGCGAUAUCACACUGUCGCCUUCCCAAAACCAACCGACAGAGGGCAAAUCUGCCUCUCAAACGGGCGAUAUUACUGCUCGAAUCAGCUGCCUACCCUGCCAGCAUGCGUCUGCCAGGGGUAUCUUUGACAGGCAGAAGACUCUGUGGUCAUCGUGGGGGGUGGAAUCUGGCGGCCGCAAAGUCUUCUUCGCUGGAGACACUGGCUACAGGUCUGUACCUCUGCUUCCCGACGGCACUGAUGACUACGGCCCUGAACAUAACUAUCCGAGAUGUCCUGCAUUCAAACAAGUUGGGGAGUACAGAGGCCCCUUUGAUCUUGGGUUGAUUCCCAUCGGCGCCUACGCUCCGCGAUUCAUCAUGAGCUGUGUUCACGCGGACCCACAUGAUGCUGUGCAUAUUUUCCAAGACACCCAAUGCAAGAGAGCACUUGGGAUGCACUGGGGAACGUGGGUGCUUACUGAGGAAGAUGUCCUAGAGCCUCCCGAGAAGCUCAGGCAAGCUCUGAAACGUAAUGGUCUUCCAGAGACUGGCGUCUUCGACGUCUUUGGCGAGUUGUUUGGUCGGGGAUACCUCAUUCUCUCUCCUGUCAUUAUCAUUAUAAUUGUCAUUAAUACUAUUGAUAUUGAAUCGAACGAUCUCAAUCUGAAGCGUGUCUGCCAGGCAGACAAGCUGGCUGCCAUCUUUCUGGUCAUCCAGAUUCUCAGUACCUACAUUCGACUGGAAGGGGAUCAUUAA